CAACGUCCUCAGCCGGGAGCAAGGGAAGGAAACAGCGCCGUGGACGAAACACGAAACUCCAGAAAACUGGAAAAAGGGGGACUAGAGGAAACAGUUUAUUCACGUUUCAGUCGGUGAUAUAAGCGACAUUUUGUUUCUUUAUUAUGUUGUUUACCUGGUGUUCUUUGAGACUGACUGACAAUGGCGCCUGAAAAAGAAAAUCCACGAAAUUCCGUGCCAUCCCAUUGAAAGCAAGUUUACUCAUGGAGUAAGGAAAGGAGCAAGUCGGGAGUCAUGAGCACAGGUGUGAAGAAGCCGCCAGUGGCUCCCAAACCCAAACUCGCCCCCUUGGUGAAGCUCUCGCCUCCUCCCAUCGCCCCCAAACCUGAUCUUCUCCUCUCCCAGCCUUCCCAACCCUCGCCCCUUCUCACCCAACCCUCCCCUGCCGUGUUAAAGAGAGCCAAACCUGCUGUGGCGCCCAAACCAUGCCUCUCCAAACCCUCCGCCCCAGCAGCCCCGGCUUCUCCCCCACCCCCCAGACCCAGAGUACCCCAAACCCCAUCCCAGGAGUGCAGCGGGGCUGGGGACGACAGCCUCUCCUUCCUCAAUUCCAGAAACGGGAUCCUGUCGCAGCCCAUCCUGCACGACUCGGACUACAUCAUUCCUACGUGCUCCUGCGGACUCCAGGACUGCUCCCAAUGUAAACGACUAGGGAAUGGGAACGUUACAGAGGUCGGGAGCGAUACACUCGGCUCCUGGCCAAACAGGAAUGCAACAGAAAGCACUGGAACGCUGGUAGCCAAUCGGCCGGGUAAAACAGAGAACGGAGACAGUGAGAAGAGCGGAGGAGUGACCAACACCCUCCGUCUCAGGCUCAAGGACAAACCCCAGAGACAGGAGGGGCAGAGGGAUGGAGAGGGGAGCAGGGAUGAGGAGAAGCUUCAGGGGAACAAAGAGGAGAGACCGAGGAACCAGAAAGGACAGGAGGGUCAGCAGUAUCAGACUGGGUCAGGGGACCAGUCAUGUAAUGUUCCUGAGGUGGCAGAGACACUUACACAGACUGAGACUAAAGCUUCGAAUGCAGAACGGACAUACACUGACAGCUGUAAUAUAGACAGCAAUGAGAGCGACACAAUUCCCACUCCCCUCAUCCUCCCACUGGAUGUCUCCCCCAUUCACACCCCCCCACAGACAGUCCCUCCCACCCGCACCCCCUCUCAGACUGUUCCACCCACCCGCAGCCCCCCACAAAUUUUACCACCCUCCCUCACCCCCACCCAGAUGGACAGUGAGCCUGACAGCACCCCCUCCCACGCAGACAGCAGUACACAGUGUUCCAGAAUACCCAGGUUACCCACUGACCUUUCGGUCCCUGCCGCCCCCAGUAAGCCCCUGCCCGUGCCGCUGCCACGUAAGCCCCGUAAGCCAGCCCUGGUAAGGCAGGACGGCCUGGAGGCCAGCACCCAGGAGGGAGAGACAAAGAACCGCACACAGGGGGGAGAGGUGGGGGAGACUGAGGGGAGUGGGGGGAGAUGUCUCACCUCAGAUAAGGAAGAACACACCCAGGGAGUGUAUGACAGUCCCUCACCCUCCCAGGACCCUGAAGUUGAAGAGGAGCCUCACCCUGUGCCUCCACCUAGACAGAAGUCCCUCUCCCCCCGCCUCCACAGAGCCUCCCUCAACCGAAACACCUCCCACUCUCUGGACUUGCUCUCUCAGCCUGAGCUUAACGCUCUGACCUCAGAGAGAAGAGGAGGAGGGGAUGAAGAGGAGGAGAAGGAAGAGGAAGUUGAGGAUGGGUACGGAGACUUUGAGCGCUACCCCAUCACCCGGAGCCUGCCCAAACAGAUCAAGCUCAGCUGCCGCCCGCCCCCCGUCGGCAUGACAAUGAAGGCCAGCUCGGCGGAAGAGGGGGGGUCACCCAGGGCCCCCCCCAGGAAGCCCCAGAGACACAGCCUGCCAGCGGGUGCCCCUCCGUCCAUCACCCCCCCUCCACCUCCUCCGCACCACGCCAACACCCCCAUGAGGGAACUGCCUGCCACCCCACAGGAGAAACCAGCCUGGCGCUUCCCAAGGCCCUUCUUCAGCAGGCAGAGCUCCUCCAGACACAGCAGCGGCGGCCGAGGGGCCCCCCAGGGGAAAGCAGCUCUGCUGGGGGGGAAACAGAGGGCCCAGUCCUUCUCCUCGGCUGACCUGCUGGCCCGCGCCGACGGCACCAAGAGGAGCCUUUCCUUCCGGAAGCUUCUAGAGCUGCGGUUGUCUGUCAGGAUGUUGCCACGGUUACUGGCCAGAAGCGGCCAGUCUCUGGAUUGUACCAGCGUGGAGCCGGGCGGGGGGGGGAGGACGGUGGACCAGUCCGACGGCAGCGCGGGGGUGUCUGGCAGGGAUGGAGAGGGGUCGGUAGAGUAUGAGAACGUUCCUCUGUAUGAGGAGAUACCGGAGUACAUGAACCUGCCUUUCCUCAGCGCACGGCUGGGCUGGCCACUCACACACAGUCUGGACCCAAGCACACACAGACACAGUGACUCAGACGUCUACGAGGUGCAGGAUCCAUACGAGAGCCACUGCGACUAUAAGCGACCCCAUUCCAUUGACUAUGAGAGGGGCUGGCAUGGAUUGGACGAUGCUCACUCUGAGGAGGAAGUCCACAGCUCUGACGAGGAUGACAACAGCUCCACCUCCAGCAAGGAGCACCUGGAGCUGUCAGAAGAAGACAGACAGCAGGAGGACGAGGUGAAGAGGAAAAAGAUGGUGCAUAUCGCCCAGGAGAUCAUGAGCUCUGAGAAAGUGUUUGUGGACGUGCUGAAGCUUCUUCACAUAGAUUUCCGGGACGCAGUUGCCAAGGCGACGCGUCAGAAUGGCAAGCCAGUGGUUGAAGAGCGUAUUCUAACCCAGAUCCUCUACUACCUGCCUCAGCUAUACCAGCUCAACCGAGACCUGCUCCGGGAGCUAGAGGAGAGGGUGGCCCGCUGGGGGGACCACCAGAGGCUGGCAGACAUCUUUGUUCAGAAGGGGCCGUACCUGAAGAUGUACUCCACCUACAUCCGGCAGUUUGACAACAACGUGGCUAUGCUGGACGAACAGUGUAGGAAAAACCCUGGCUUCGCCGCUGUAGUCCGGGAGUUUGAGAUGAGUCCUAGAUGUGCCAGCCUGGCUCUGAAGCACUACCUGCUGAAACCUGUACAGAGAAUCCCCCAGUAUCAGCUUCUGCUCACAGAUUAUCUGAAGAACCUUCCUGAGGACUCGUCUGACUACAAAGACACGCAGGCUGCUCUGGGCAUAGUGAAGGAGGUGGCCAACCAUGCCAACGACAUCAUGAAACAAGGGGAUAACUUUCAGAAGCUGAUGCACAUUCAGUACAGUCUGAACGGACAGCAUGAGAUUGUUCAGCCGGGCAGGGUGUUUCUUAAGGAGGGCACUCUGAUGAAGCUGUCCAGGAAGGUCAUGCAGCCACGGAUGUUCUUCCUGUUCAAUGACACUCUUCUGUACACCACUCCAGUUCAGUCUGGUCAGUAUAAACUCAACAGCAUGCUCUCUCUGGCGGGCAUGAAGGUGAGUACAGGCAGGGCUGAACACACAUUUACCCUGGACAAAACUCUUCUAAAGUCUCAUCUAAAACCUGUUUUUUGUGUUCAGGUGAGUAAGCCCAGUCAAGAGGCGUAUCAGAAUGAACUGAACAUUGAGAGUGUGGAGCGUUCCUUCAUCCUGUCUGCCAGCUCGGCCACAGAGAGAGAUGAGUGGCUGGCGGCCAUCGCCACGGCGAUAGACGACCACACCAGGAAGAAGAUCACCUUCAUCUCCAGCCGGAGUCAGGAGGAGGCUGAUGGUGUGUGUGACAGUGGGGCCCCGCUGGGUUCUAAGGCCCCUAUCUGGAUCCCAGACCUGAGGGCCACAAUGUGUAUGGUCUGUACCUGUGAGUUCACCCUCACCUGGAGACGCCACCACUGCCGAGCCUGCGGGAAGGUGGUGUGUCAGACGUGCUCGUCCAGUAAGUUCUAUUUAGAGUACUUGAAGAACCAGCCAGCUCGUGUGUGUGACCACUGCUUCGUCAAGCUACAGGAGAACAGUGACCGUGUUGCUUCUGGGGCGCUGUCUCCAACUGGCAGAUCUGGGGGAUUCUCUUUCUCCAGGAAACAGAAGAAGAUCCCAGCUGCUCUCAAAGAGGUGUCUGCAAACACAGAGAACUCCUCCAUGAGUGGCUACCUACAGAGGUCAAAGGGCAACAAGAAGCAAUGGAAGAGGCUAUGGUUCGUCAUCAAGAACAAAGUCUUGUACACCUACGCCGCCAGCGAGGACGUAGCUGCUCUAGAGAGCCAGCCUCUGCUAGGCUUCUUCCUGCGGGAGGAGAAGUGUGGCCCUUUCCAGAAGCUGCAGUUUAAACUGUACCACAAAAACACCCUGUUCUAUAUCUUCAAGGCUGACGACAUCCCCACUGCACAGAGGUGGAUAGAGGCUUUCCAGGAGGCCAUGAUUCUUUAACACCUAAACCAGUCAGCUCAUGUCCUUCCCCUGGAGGCAGUUGAAGGACACCUUUUGAUCCUUGACCUCUAGACACGUCAGGGGUCAGCAGCUCAGGAAGCACUCCCCACACCCCGAGCCAUGCCACCCCGAGCCCUGAUGAACCGGUCCGACUGCCUGCCAGGAGACCCCAGAGUCCCAGUGGUGUGAAGAGCAGACAUCAUUGUCUUUCUGGUGGAAAUAUGGACUUUGUGUCAGCUCUACAUUACAUUCAUUGUAAAUGUUGGGAUCCGUUGAAAAUGUGCCCUUGGCCAAACCACCAUGCUUCCAGCGGAGUUCUGAGGUUAUGGGCGUGUUGAGCGUCAUAGGCUGCAUAUCUAUCUGCUCUGGAUCUUAGAGGGAACCGUUAUGUGUCACAGCUGUGGGUCAAAGGUCAUGUCCUGAAGCGUGUGUGUGUGGAAGUGUUAACAGAAUUAUUGUCUGUGGACAGCCUGCUACCUUAUACAGGGAGGCCAUGGUCCACAAAAAGCCUCGAGAGUCACUGAAAAUGAUUUGAUGUAAAUUGCUUUUGAUUUACAUGAUCCUUGAAAAGUUAAAGGAUUUUGUUAUUUUCUUUGGGAAAUGUAACAUAUUGUAAGAAAAGUUUAAACUCAAAUAUUGAUGAAUUCUGGAAAUUGGAAUGGUGAUGAGAGUGGAAACCUUGCAUGAUGGGAUGGAAACCAGUUACAAAGAAGGGUGAGAAAGCAGUGCAUUCUCUCUGAGUAGGGAAGCUUCUCUGGUGCACUGCAGGUGGUUGGAUUCAACUGUGAAAAACAGGGUGCCACAGAGACACAGGAGAUGAGCAUUUUGCUCCUUAGAAAUAUAGCAAAAUUACAGGGGUCGUUUUAUAUUGUUAUUCUCUGUUAGUCUUAACUCAGUACAUAUACCACAUGUAUAAUGCAGUAUACUGGAUAAAACUGGAAAAGGCAUAAGUGUCAAUAUUUUACUACACAACCUAUAGAACAAAUGCAUUUUUAAAGAGUAUUUGUUAGACUCAGAAGCAGUGCUUGGGUAAUAUGUAGAACUGGGAGAGUAAAAUGUACCUUUUUUUGUGUGUAAAAGUCGAGAGCUAAUAUUUAUAUAGAACUGUACAUUUCUCAAUGUCCAUAAUUAUGUGAUUUUAGAAAUAUGAUUUAUUUGAUAACGGAUACUAUCUUUGUCACUUUUGUAGUAAGAAGUAGCUACCUUUUUUAUUGUAUGCCAUGAUGGUUGAAAAAGCACGUGCUGUAACAAUGCCUCACUAGUUUGUUUUAAACUGCCACAACAGACUUGUUGGAUUCAUUAGGAUUCCUCUUUUAAUCCAGGCCUCGUUUGUAUCAUUUUUUUAUUGAAUAAUUUAAAGUGGACAGAUUACAAAAUAAUGUUUGUCUUUUGAGCUAGACAUGGAAUGGAGAAUGAAAUGUAUCCCUUAGGAAUUGCUCACUAGCAAUAAAGCAACAUCCAGACAGUGCCUUAAAUAUGCUCAAUUAUUUUGUAAUAAUAUAAAUACAGAAAACUGUAUUUAAUUAUCUGGUGCAUUGUUUUAUUCAUUUGAAUUAGGAUAUUCUAUUAUCACAGUGACUACUUUGGCCGGCCCAUCUGACAUUAAACAGUGUAAAUAACCAUUAUGUAUUUAAAUUGAAAGUUGUUUAGAGUUUACAUUUAGUACUUCAAAUGUACUAAUCAGGUUGCACUACUACACCAUUGUGGCAGGUGGCCUUAUGGGAAGUGAAGUUUAUAACACAGAGAAACAUUAGGGAUAACUCAAAACAGAUAAUAUUUUAUAGAGACUAAAUGUCCCUCCAUCCUUAUACACAAUCACUAGAGAGCCAUAGUGUCUCGUCUGUAAAUAAUAUUUCUGCAGAACUGUCAGGCACCACUUUUUAAUAAAACCUCUGAAAGUGA